UUGUCAGUCUAAAUGAUUUUUUCCUCCUUAGCUAUGUAUCUGCAGUCUCCCCAGGCAGCCAAAAUGAGGAUGGUGACAGAUUCAGCCUACAAAAUGAGACUUGAAUUUUCUACACCUGUGUUAAUGAUCUGGGCUGAACACAGAAUGAUCUUUCACCUCUCACAGUUUGGACUGCUGGCAAUACUUUUCAUCAGUACAUGAAGUAGCAGAACUGGGAGGAGGAAUGAAGGAAAAAUGUGAGUUAUGCCAUGCAGCUUUCUCAUAAAUGAAACAUGGACAACCAGACCGGAGUGCGUUACUUUCUGCUCCUGGAAAUCUCAGAAACUCAGCAACUGCAGCUGCUACAUUUCUUCUUGUUCUUUGUGUUAUACCUGGCAAUUACUACGGCAAAUCUUCUCAUCAUCUGUGCAGUAGUUUUUCACCAGCAACUGCAGAGACCCAUGUACUUCUUUCUGAUGAAUUUGGCAGUGCAGGACCUGGGCUCAGUUUCUGUCAUUGUUCCCAAAUCCAUGAUCAAUUCCCUCACAAACUCCAGACACAUCUCUUACUUUGGUUGUGUUGCUCAAGUCUUUCUCUUUGUCUCCUUUCUGGGUUCUAAUGUAUCCAUUCUGACAGUCAUGGCAUACGAUCGGUAUGUUGCCAUUUGCAAUCCACUGCAGUAUGAGAUGGUGAUGAAUUGGAAAGCCUGCGCAGAAAUAAUAAUUCUGGUUUGGGUCACCAGUCUUCUCUAUGGGAUGUUGCACACCACUGGCACUUUUUCAGUCUUUUUUUGUUCUAAUGUGGUCAACCAAUUCUUCUGUGAAGUUCCACAGUUGCUAAAGCUAUCCUGCUCUGGUUUCAAUCUGGUUGAAGUUGGAGUUCUUGUGGCUAGUGUAAUUGCAGGAUUAGGUUGUGUUGCUUUUAUUAUUGUCUCUUAUGCCAUGAUCUUCAAGGCAGUGUUAAGAAUCCCUUCUGAACAAGGAAGGCAAAAAGCCUUAUCAACUUGCAUUCCCCACCUUACAGUAGUGCUUAUGGUUUUAAUAACUGGUUGCUUUGCUUACCUGAGACCUCCCUCUAACACCCCAUCUUACUUAGAUUUUGGGUUGACUGUUCUGUAUUCCCUUCUUCCACCCCUGUUCAAUCCAAUCAUCUAUAGCAUGAGAAAUCAGAAUAUCCGAUUUGUCCUUUCUAAACUGUGGAGGUUCUGAAUAUUCUUUUAAUGUUGUUUCUAGUCUGUCCACCUCAAUUUUGCAUGUUCUUUUCCUUAUUUCUCUGAAUAGAGGAAUAAGCUAGAAAGGAGACACAGGUGUGAUGGAGGCAAAUUAAAUCUCUCAAACCAUAAAAAUAUAGAAAACCAGAAGUUUCUCUGCAAAUAGGCAUAGGGUUUAAUGAUGCUGGAGUUUGCCGGUCAAAAAUGGUCCGCACUCCAGACAAGGGCCCGGCUCCGCGGGGUGGGGUGAGCUCCGGUCCCUUGUCCUAGCUCCUGCCCACCCACCAGUUUGAAAGCUAUUCCAUCUGUGAGUAGAUAAAUGGGGACUCCCGUU